AUGGGAAAGGUCAUCUUUUACGAGGACAGGAACUUCCAGGGUCAGCACUAUGAGUGCAGCAGUGACUGUGCUGACCUGUCCCCUUACUUCAGCCGCUGUAACUCCAUCCGUGUUGAGAUACUGAGGAGGUCCCUCAGAAUGAGGAUUUACAAGAGGCCUGAUUUUGGAGGGCAGAUGAAGGAAGUCGUGGAUGUCUACGAUCAUUUCCGUUACUGUGACAUCCACUCCUGCCAUGUGAUGGAUGGUUGCUGGAUCUUCUAUGAACAUCCCAACUACAGAGGGUGA